AUGGAGAGUGGAAUCGCAGCUGCCGUGGCAGUGGUCAGACCUAAACGUCAUUGUUGGGAAUGUCUGCGGCGACGCCUUGUCUGUGAUGGUACCCAUCCAUCCUGCAAACGGUGCCAAAUGAGCUCCAUCGAUUGCCCUGGCUAUGGGCACAAGAAGCCACUCAGAUGGGUUGAGCCUGGGAAGAAAAGUCGAAAGCGGCUAUCCAAAGAAAAACCUGCCCCAGGUUCUAGCCUUGUAAAUCUCGAGCAAGUCAAUAAACAGGCACAAUCUACGAGAGAAUCAGUCUCUCAGCAUCAGAUCCCGAGAAAUAGCAUGGCUGUAGCAGUGCCCAAUUUUCAACCCCGAUCCGACGCCAAUAAUUCUUGGAUCCUUCCCAAUCUACAAAAGGUCGAUCAAUUGACGCCGAAUGCCUUCAUCAGUAACAUACCCCUAGAGAUGGUGCGGGAUAUGCCUCCCGCCAUAACCCAUGCGUUAGCCUGUAUUGCCUUAGAUCACCGAUUACAUCAACUUCCGGAGACAGAUAAGCCAAGUAUAGGGACAGUAACAGUUCGAGAUAGAUUACUGGAACACAGAGGUGCCGCCCUACGUGCCAUUUCGGAGCUUCUUGGUAAUGCUAAAGCUCGUAUUUCGGACUUAGCGGUGGGCUCAAUCUUGUUCUUCAUGUCUGUUGAUAAUAGAGUAUCUCCUAGCCAUUGGCGCGUUCACUAUGAUGGAGUUACCAAGCUGAUUCAGCUUGCUGGUGGCCCAUCCAGGCUCUUCAGACCAAUUCCUCAUCUGCAAACAGCAAUACUCUCAUACAUCAUCAUGGGUGUCAUGGGCAACACAACAAGUCCGGCACAUAAUCUCGCAUGGCCACGUCUGCACUUGCAGCACUUGGACUCGGUUGCGGUUUUAUAUGAGCAUGGCUUUUAUCCAACCCUGUUUUGUCCAGCAGAGCUAUUUCUAGCCAUUGUUAGAAUCAAUAGUCUGCGGCACGAAGUAGCCAAUCACUACUUCAUUGGCGACUCUCCACAGGUUAAAGCUGAGGAGAUACUUUGGCAAAUACAACAGCACAAUCCAGCAUCGUGGGCCGCGUCUGUGCCAUCUGGAUCGGGGCUCAUAACAGUAAGCAGCAUACACCAGUCGGCGGUAACAAUCUAUUGUGUCUCGUCUCUUCAAAGCCUCGGAGUUCUGCCAAAUUCCGCAGCGUUAAGGUCACUCCUGAAGUGGCAUAAGCAGCGUCUGGGCAUGCUCCUAAAAGAAUCCCUAGGGUCCAUUGCUUUGAGACAUAUCAGUAUGAAAUUCAUUGCUUGGCCAUUGGUCGUAUUUGGCAUGAAAGCGAAUGCGGAAGAUAGAAAAUUUGUCAAGGAAGAACUCGCGCAUAUAGCGUACGAUAUAGGAUCAUACCUCCCUAUGCUGGCAGGGUCGGUUCUGAGUGAAUUUUGGCGAUCCGAAGCAACGGGAUGGGAUGACUGCUUCCAAACGCCUUUCAUUUUCAUCAAUACCUAG